UAAAAAAAAAAUAAAGCAGCUGACUGGUGCAGCCAAUAUUUUUAUUUGAUUGUCUUGUCUUCAUUUUUACUAUAAUUUAAAAAAGGUUUUUAUAUGCAUUCAACUUGAAAACACUUAAAAAAAAAUUACUUAAGAAUGUUAAAUAAAGGAUACAGUUCAAGUGAAACAAAAAUGGGAGAAAUGGAAGUUAUUGAACCUUCAAAAAAUAAAUCAAUUGGAAGUUCUCGUAUGUUGUGCAUUUCCAUUACAUUUUUAGUGGUUUUAGUUGGUGCAUGCUUGAUUGUUUGGUUUGUUUCUACUGAUCGAGCAAAAAAACUAGCUGAAGUUGAGUUUCAGAAAUGGAAGCAAGAACAAUCUGCAACUACCUCUUCUUUUUCUUCAUUAUCCCCAACAUCAUUAUUGUCAACAACUUCUCAACCAAUUUGCACUGACCAUUGGUGUAAGGUACGGUUACCAGACUCAAUUAUUCCAUACCAUUAUAAUUUAAAGAUUGAAGCAUAUCCACCUUCUUUGGAUUAUCAUGGAGUUCAAAUAGCAUUCCUUAAUAUUACACAACCUACAGAUGUAGUUCUUUUUCAUAUAAAGCUGAUAGAAGUUAUCAAUGUUUCAAUUAGUGAAGUUGGUUCCACUAAACUAUUUAUUAUUAUGAAACAUUUUGCAUUUCCUCAAAAUGAAUAUUAUGUAGUACAAUUUGAAAGUAAAAUACCUACUGGAAAAUAUCAACUUGAAAUACAUUUUAAAUCAAAUAUCUCAAAUAGUUUGACUGGAUUCUAUCAAAGUUUUCAUGACAGAGAAAAAAACGACAGCAGUGUGCUGUUUACUACAAAAUUUCAACCAACAGAUGCACGUAAAGCUUUUCCCUGUCUUGAUGAACCAAACCUUAAAGCAACUUUUAAUAUAGAAAUUAUUCAUCCACAAAAUUAUCAUGCUCGCUCCAAUAUGCCAGGCUAUUCUGUUCAUUUAGAAAAUAAUAAAACAAGUACAAAGUUUAACCAAACUGUUAGAAUGUCCACAUACUUAGUUUGCUUUGUUCUGUCACAGUUUGAUAUGAAAUAUUCAGGUAUUGCUGGAAAAGAUAAAACAUUUGAGAUUGCUAUUUGGAGUCGACCUGAACUUGUCAACUCAACAGAAUAUGCAUUUAAUAUAAGUGUUAACACAAUGAACUUCUUAGAGGAGUUUUUAAAUGUUAGGUAUCCAAUGCCAAAGCUAGACAUGUUUGGAAUUCCUGAUUAUGCUUCUGGAGCAACUGAACACUGGGGUAUUAUUACAUACAGAGAGGCACGACUACUAUAUACACCAGGAGUAUCAUCAUUGGGAAACAUGAAGUCAACAGCUGGUAUAAUAGGUCAUGAGUGUGCUCAUUUGUGGUUUGGUAACUUGGUGACUUGUGCAUGGUGGAAUGACCUAUGGAUUCAAGAAGGUUUAGCAAGUUACUUGGAAUAUUAUACUUUAAAUAGUUCUCAUCCAGAAUGGAAUGUGUUUGAUGAGUUUUUGACAUCUGAUUGGCUAACUGGAAUUACUCUUGAUGCACUUGCUUCAUCUCAUCCUAUUUCUCAAAAUGUGGACCACCCUAGCCAGAUUAAAGAAAUAUUUGAUUCCAUUACAUAUAAUAAAGGUUCUUCAUUAUUUCAUAUGCUUGACUUUUAUCUGGACUCAAAUCAUAAUCUUUUUCGAGCUGGCCUUGAAAAAUAUUUGACCAAAUAUCAAUAUCAAGGUGCUACAACUAAUGAUUUAUGGGUUGAGUUUACUCAGGUUGCAAGCUGGAAUGUUACUGAAAUGAUGGAUACAUGGACACAGCAAAUGGGUUUCCCUGUCAUUACUAUUAAAAAAACAAGUGACGCUUUUUCAAUUGAACAAAGUCAUUUUUUGGUUGAUCCAACUGCUACUGUUACUACCAAGUCAAAAUUCAAUUAUGAGUGGAUUGUUCCUUUUACUUAUGCUACCAGUGAUAGUUUGUCCAUUCCGAAAAAAAUUUUAAUUACAAAGAAGUUUGAUGUGAUUAACAGCAGUGCAAGUUGGAUAAUUGGUAACUUUGAACAUCGGGGUUUUUAUCGUGUCAACUAUGACUCUUCAGGAUGGGAUAGUAUUAUUGAUCAAUUAUCAAAAGACUUUAAAGUUUUUUCAGUUACAGAUCGUGCUGGCAUCAUUGAUGAUGCAUUUAAUCUUGCACGAUCUGGUCGUCUUGGUUAUUCAACUGUUUUUCGUUUACUUUCUUUUAUUGAUAAAGAUGACAACACAAAUGUUUGGGAUAUGGUAUUGAAUAACUUGAAAUACCUUGGAAAAGUUUUGAGUUCAACCACUGUAUAUAGUCAUUACAGGGCUUUUGUUGCAAAAAAAAUUAAACCAAUGGUUAGCAAAAAGUUUAAUACUUAUGUGAGUACUGCCUGUGAAGCUGGAGAAAUAGAAACAAUUCAAAAAGUGAAAACAAUCUUUAACGAUUGGAUGAUAAAUAAUACAAUAAUUCCAGCUGAUAUUCGGUCUGCAGUUCUAAAAUAUGGAGUUGAAAAUGGCGGCGACACAGAAUGGGACUUUGUUUUUAAAAACUAUAUAAAUCCAUCAGAUCCAUCAGACAAAAGUAGAUUUCAAUCAGCAUUAGCAGCUUCACAAAAACCGUGGCUCUUAAAAAAGUGGUUAGACUACUCUAUUGAUGGUAAGACAGUCCGCACACAAGACACUGUUUAUGUUAUUUCAAAUGUAGCUUCAAAUCCUGUAGGGAAGUAUGUAGCAUGGACAUUUGCUGAAGCAAAUUGGAAUAAAAUAAUUGCCAUAGCAAAAGAAAAUAAUUUUCAUGUAAACCAAUUUAUCACAGGAUUAACUACGUUAAUGAGUACUGAGUACGAACUUCAAAAAGUAAAAGAACUUUGGGCUAUUCAUGCUAAUGAACGGGACGGAGUUAACGCUCGUCAACAGAGUCUAGAAAAAAUAAACUCUGAUGUCUAUUGGUUAAAGAGUAACUACGAUGAAGUAUCUAAAUGGUUUUAUAGCAACACUAUGAUUUAAAGUUUCUCUAACUGCAAGUGUUAGAAUUUUUUUUUUUACAUCUUCAUCUAAGACACUAGUUUAGACA